GGCAGGUAAACAUAGGAGGUGUGUAGAUUGACCAGCACGUCAACGCACAACCAGCAUGAACCAUGUUGCUCCUGUAAAAGCUGUCUCUGAAGUAAAUAUUUGUCUGUAUGUUCACACAAACACUCUGCUGACACCCAGAGCCCAGUGUUGGUUGGCUGUGUAGGAUCGGUAUGUCAGUGAGUCUGCUGAUGGCAGGCGGGCGGCUGGCGCUGCUCCGUAUGGCUACAGCUGCCCGGAUUGCACUGCCUGGCGUUUUCUAUGUCAAAGUCCUCUCUCCCUCUCGCUAACUCAUACUCACACAAACACAGGCAUGCAUGCUGGCUGCAUCCUGCCCGCACGAUAGCUCAUCCUGAUUGGUGCUCGCUCUGCGUUCUUCUUUUUAUUUAUUAAUUUUUUCCGCCAUCCCAGGAAGAGGAUUUCUUCUGGCAGGAGGGGCGGGAAUGGCGCUGGACAGGCAGCAUGACCCAGGGUUCAGGUGGCAGCUGUGUUAUGACUUCUCUGCCAGGUCGUGGAUGAUGGCCACCGAACCGUUUCUGGUAAAUGAAGACCCGUCCAGAGGUCCUGGGAUACCAGAGUGCUUCGUAGUGUCGGAUUCCUACAGGGAUGAAUUUCAUCCCUUCAUCGAGGCUUUGCUGCCACAUGUCCGUGCGUUCUCCUACACCUGGUUCAACCUCCAGGCCCGCAAGCGCAAGUACUUCAAGAAGCACGAGAAGCGCAUGACAAAGGACGAGGAGCGCGCCGUCAAAGACGAACUCCUGGGCGAGAAGCCCGAGAUCAAGCAGAAGUGGGCGUCCCGUCUGCUCGCCAAGCUCCGCAAAGACAUCCGGCCGGAGUUCCGCGAGGACUUCGUGCUCACCAUCACGGGGAAGAAGCCGCCGUGCUGCGUGCUGUCCAACCCCGACCAGAAGGGCAAGAUCCGCCGCAUCGACUGCCUGAGGCAAGCAGACAAGGUCUGGCGCCUGGACCUGGUGAUGGUUAUCCUGUUCAAGGGAAGCCCGCUGGAGAGCACAGACGGAGAGAGGCUGGUCAAGUCACCGCAGUGCUCCAACCACGGCCUCUGCGUGCAGCCGCACCACAUCGGAGUGUCUGUGAAAGAACUGGACCUGUAUCUGGCCUACUUUGUCCACACGCCAGAAUCUGGACAAUCGGAUAACUCCAACCAACAAGGAGAAGCAGACAUCAAGCCUCCGCCCAAUGGGCACUUGAGUUUCCAGGACUGCUUCGUGACGUCAGGCGUAUGGAACGUGGCGGAGUUGGUCCGUGUGUCACAGACACCAGUUGCCACAGCAAGCGGACCCAACUUCUCUCUGGCCGACCUUGACAGUCCAGGAUAUUACAACAUCAACCUGGGUCGCCGCUCCAUUACAUCCACGCCAUCGACCAGGACUGAGAUGGAGUUGUAUGCCAGUCUCCCGCGGAGCUCCAACAAGCGUAAAUCCAUUGAUGACAGUGAGAUGGAGAGCCCGGUGGACGAAGUCUUCUAUUCGGGCCGUUCUCCUGCCCCGGGAGUGUCCCAGGCCAGCGGCUGGCCCAAUGAUGUUGAUGCAGUGCAACACCAUUUGGCCAGUAUGCAGGAGAGGAAGAUAAAACACGAAAGCGAUGGCGUGCAGUUUCCUUACCAUGGACUCUCUUCGCCUGGUUCUCUUAAGAAGUCGGGGAAAUUCGAUUUCAGCGCUCUGUCCGGCCAUACGAGGUCUGCACGCAUGCCGUUCACCCAUCACCCGCUGCCCAUGCUGGCAGGUGUAAGACCAGCAGGAAGUCCCCGUGCCUCUGCUUCCUCCCUGCACUUCCCCUCACCCUCCAUUAUCCAGCAGUCCAGCCCGUACUUCACCCAUCCCACCAUCCGAUACCACCACCACCCGGGACAGGACCCGCUCAAGGAGUUUGUGCAGUUCGUGUGUGCCGACGGAUCGGGACAGGCUAGUGGUCAGCCGAACGGGAGCGGCCAGAGCAAAAUGCCAGGCUCCUUCUUGCUGCCUCCACCCCCCCCUGUGGCGCGUCCAGUGCCCCUCCCAAUGCCAGACUCUAAAUCCAGCAGCACGCCCCCCGAUGGCGGACUCACCUCACCCACAUCUCCGUCAUACUCCACGCCAGGCUCCACAGCUCCCAACAGGUUUGUCAGCAUCGGAUCACGGGACAACAACUUUCUGAACAUACCCCAGCAGACGCAGUCAUGGUUCCUUUGACGAGGUCCUGCCUGCAACCUGUCAACACAAUUUGGAAGUUUUAUGACAAAAAAAAAAAAAUCCUCUUUGAAAAAAACCCUUCCGACCCGAAACGCACCCUAAGAAACGUGAGCAGCAUAUGAUUAGGAAACGUUCGACCCUGUAUUUGCCAACAGUCAGACGCCCUUCAAGCCCACUCCUCCACCUCCGACAAAGACUUUCAGAUCACAGCAGGAGGUGAGGGAGCAACACGCACCUACAGCACCUCGCAAGAACCGGCACCAAACCAACGGCAACAUAGAGGAGCAAGAACCCGAUGAACACAGACAGAAAAUGUUACUAGGAACAAGGAAGUAGUGUACAAUGGCUGGGAUUAUCAACAGUUUCAGUGGUGAGGAUUUAAAAACGCAAGAUUUUGACCAGUUAAACGUCAAUUUUUUGUUUUUAAAAACACUUAAACAUGCUGAGGUUCAGCAUCCAGGCAACACUAAAUAAUGAGAGCCCCGGACGUUUUGCAAUUUUAGCCAAUAAGCAUGCAGUGGAAACGUCUUUUUUCCCUUUUGCAGUCAAUUACUAAACUAACUACGAGCAGCAGAAGUAUUGCACUACAGUAAUGCGAAGAACACUAGUUUGACGUGCACUAUUGAAAAUGGGAUCAACGGCGGACGUUAUUUGCACAUUUUAUUGCGGAGAAAAAUUAAUCUGGCACACUAAAACUACCCAGAGACCCGUUCUUAUUUUCAAGCCUCAAAUUGAAUUUAAUAAAACAAAAGUCCAUUUCAGGUGCUUAGUGCCAACUAGAGAGCACCAGAUUUUAGUUAGUACUGCUAUAGGAUGAAUAAAGCCGACCAGCACACACUUAAGGUGUGGUCACAUUCACCAAAUUUGUCUUGAUGUCCUGAACCUGAUGAGAAAUCUGCUUGAGGGAAAUUUUUCAUUCGCACAUAAAAAUUCCUGAUCGCGUGGAUUCUUAUUAAAGGGAAAGUUCACCCAAAAAUGAAAUUUGUCAAAUUUGUUACCCUCAAGUUGUUCCAAACCUGUUUGAAUUUCUUUUUCUGUUGAACACAGGAGAAGAUGUUUUGAAAAAGGUGAUAACCAAACAGUUGAUGGUAGCCAUUGACUCCCAUAGUAUUGUUUUUUCACACUAUGGAAGUCAAUGGCUGCUGUCUUGGUGAAUUAUCUCUUUAAAAUGACUAGAUUUCACCUUUGAAGUUUGGCUGAUCAUUUUUACAGUCAUGUGACUGAGCUCAACUUUAAAAUCAUUCGUUUGGGGUACAUUAUUUUUUUUUUACGAAAAGGUUGUCUAUUGUCAAUAGUGUAGUGAUGCACAAAGCACUAAAUUCGCAUGUCAACACAACAAAUUUGUUUGACAAUCUUGAACCUGAUUUGAAACCUGCUAAGUGAUUUUUUUCAGUAAUCCUAUCCUAUCAAUCAAAAUUACAAAUUUUCCCUGCAAAAUUUCGCUAAAUGUGACCGCACCUUUGCAGCCAUGUGACGAAAU